AUGGCAGGGCUUGCGCUACUCUUGGGAGUGUAUCUCGUCGGCGUGGGGCCUCUGCGGGAACGGUACAAACUUGCUGACCAUGUGGACCCGCGACAGCUGGCGACUUUCUGCGCAGGGAUAGUUGUAAUCUUCUUUGCGCUUGCGUCGCCGCUCCAUGUCUUGAGCGAGCGAUUUCUGUUCAGCAUGCACAUGUCGCAGCAUGUACUUCUGACGCUGAUUGCCCCGCCGCUGCUGGUGCUGGGCACACCUGACUGGCUAAUCAGGCCGCUGCUGCGCCCGAACUGGUCGUUCCGCGUGGCGCGGGUAUUGACCCAUCCUGUGACAGCGUUCGCAGCGUUCAAUGUGGUAUUUUCGGUUUGGCAUAUUCCAGCGUUGUACAAUACUUCGCUGAAUAGCGAGGCCGUACAUGCCUUAGAGCACAUAAUGAUGGUAGGGACGGCAGUUUUGAUGUGGUGGCCACUUACGAGCAAUCUGCCGGAGCUACCGCGCCUGGACUACCCUUUUCAGAUGGGGUACAUCUUUAUACUCUCGAUAGCGCAGAUAAUCGUAUUUGCUAUAAUAACUUUUGCAAAGGAGCCGCUUUACGACUUCUAUGUGCAAGCUCCCAGGAUAUGGAGUCUCUCGCCUCUGCUGGAUCAGCAGCUGGGCGGAAUAAUUAUGAAAGUUGGUAGCGGAAUCUAUUUCCUCGUCCUGCUGAUUGUCAUUUUCUACAAAUGGUUCAACCAGGAAGAGGCAGUACGCAAGUUGGAUUCAGAAAGAACAAUACGGCAAUAA